GCGGCAGGCAGAGGUGGCGGCCCCGGGGACUGAGUGGGAAGUGAUCGGGUGCGAGCCUCCACCAUGCCGCUGGAGCUGGAGCUGUGUCCCGGGCGCUGGGUGGGAGGGCAGCACCCGUGCUUCAUCAUUGCCGAGAUCGGCCAGAACCACCAGGGCGACCUGGACGUGGCCAAGCGCAUGAUCCGCAUGGCCAAGGAGUGUGGGGCUGACUGUGCUAAGUUCCAGAAGAGUGAGCUGGAGUUCAAGUUCAACCGGAAGGCGCUGGAGAGGCCAUACACCUCGAAGCAUUCCUGGGGGAAGACAUAUGGGGAACACAAGCGGCACCUAGAAUUCAGCCAUGCCCAGUACAAAGAACUGCAACAGUAUGCCCAGGAGGUUGGCAUCUUCUUUACUGCUUCUGGCAUGGAUGAGAUGGCAGUUGAGUUUCUGCAUGAACUGAAUGUUCCAUUUUUCAAAGUUGGAUCCGGAGACACUAAUAAUUUUCCUUAUCUGGAGAAGACAGCCAAGAAAGGUCGGCCCAUGGUGAUCUCCAGUGGCAUGCAGUCGAUGGACACCAUGAAGAAAGUGUAUCAGAUGGUGAAGCCCCUCAACCCCAACUUCUGCUUCCUCCAGUGCACCAGCGCGUACCCACUCCAGCCCGAGGAUGUCAACCUACGCGUCAUCUCGGAAUAUCAGAAGCUCUUUCCUGACAUUCCCAUAGGGUAUUCUGGACACGAGACAGGCAUAGCCAUAUCUGUGGCUGCAGUGGCUCUGGGGGCCAAGGUGUUGGAACGUCACGUAACUUUGGAUAAGACCUGGAAGGGGAGUGACCAUUCUGCCUCACUGGAGCCUGGAGAACUGGCUGAGCUGGUGCGGUCUGUGCGCCUGGUGGAGAGGGCACUGGGCUCCCCAACCAAGCAGCUGUUGCCUUGUGAGAUGGCCUGCAAUGAAAAGCUGGGCAAGUCAGUGGUAGCCAAAGUGAAAAUCCCAGAAGGAACCAUUCUAACACUGGACAUGCUCACUGUGAAGGUUGGGGAGCCCAAAGGCUGUCGUCCUGAAGACAUCUUCAGUCUCGUGGGCAAGAAGGUGCUGGUCACUGUGGAAGAAGAUGACACAAUCAUGGAAGAGUCGAUAGAAAAUCAUAGCAAGAAAAUCAAGUCUUAACAUGUACAUCACCCCCUCCAAGGCUCAGAACACUGGUGGAAGACAGAGCAGAAAGAAUGUAAGAGCCAGAGGAUGGGGAGGAGUGCUGUGGAACACCGUCUUCUGGACAGGCAGUGGCCGUUGCAUUCAUGACCUCACGAAAGCUAUUAUCACAUACCAAGGCCUGCAUAAUAUCUGGCCCAUAGACAUGCUCUCCUGUAUGGUUGAGAAGGGAAGAAAACAAACAAAAAAAAAAAGGGUCAGAGCAGAAGAGGGACUAGUUAGAAAGGAGGAGUUCAGUGGAAAGGGGAUGACAAGAAGGAAUGAGAGGGGAUUAUGAUCAAAAUGCACAUGUAUGAAAAUUAUCAAUAAGCUAAAAAAAAUCAAAUCUUAAAAUAAAGUGUCAUUCUGAUUUCUAA